AUGCCUCCAAGGACCUCUGUGGACGAAAAUCUUGUUUUUCUGUACAAGUGUUUCCAACACUCAAGUGGGAAUGGAAAGGUACGAUACAUUGACCAGAUCGACGUGGCCGCAAAUCUUCCUGACAACGUCCAGAUUGAUUUCCCAGCCUUGACCAUUGCUACAGGCUUGAACGUUGGCGCUGCGCGAAAGCGAUUUUCGAGACUCAAGGACAAGAUCGAAAGCUCAACAGCCUUCGGAGCAUCUCUAGGUCCAGGCAACACUCAGGUCCUCAAUUCAAAGAACGUCAACAAAGGAAACGGGUUACAUAAGCGAAAAGCUGAAGCUAUGAGCGACACAAACGCACCCGAUCUAGUCAAGUCCGGGAGUAACGGUGAAGAGCCAGUUGCCGUUGUUUCUAAGCGCCAAAGUCGCGGUAGAAAGCUCGAUCUCUCGGUCUUCGAUGAUCCUGAAGACUCCCAACAUGAAUCGCUUGAGGACAGCGACAGAGAAUACCUGAUCAGCGCUGCGGUCAAGUCUGAAGUCGAUGACGAUGCGGAUUUCGAGUCUGAGGAAGGUGUGAAAUCCGCCGUCAAGAGGAUGAAGAAUGUAGUCAGAGACAAGGACACUCCCACACCAACCGAGAAGAUGUCCAAGCAUGCUAUGAAGAAGACUGUUCCACCAAAACCUGUCAUGGCACCAAAAUCAAAAGCGAAGUCUGGUCUGCUUCCUUGCGACGAACCCUUGUCUAGCAUUGAGUCUUCUCUACCACUUGUUCCCGUCUCAGGUGUUUCCUCAAACAACCAGAACAACGCUGAAGCCGCCAGUGACAUCGACCUCGGAUCUCUACAACCUGGGACUCUCAUCUCAUUUCCCGCAAAGAAUUUGCAGCAAGCAUCUGCCUCCAUGUCCAGCGCUCUACAAGAACGGGACACUGUGGUCUCGAGCCAAUCUAUUCUCACCUUAUCUGCAACCUCUGAAUCGACUGACCAAGAUGGAAUCCACCCUGAAGACAGCGUUUUCAUGGCCAGGUCGCACGGUGUUAUCGCCCCUCCUCCUGGUAAGCAUACCAUAUCUGCAUUGCAGAACUACAUUCGAGCUUUUCAAGGGUCUCUUGACACCGUGGACUCGCUCUUGACCCGGAUCGGGUUCAGCGGAACAUCAGCAUGA